ACCGAAACUCUAGAGAAUCCGAACUCAAGCGGAUAUAAUCCAAACUCUAAAACACAGUGUAUCUCAUAUCUGAAUGUAUCUACUAAUUCCCAGAUACCCUUUGUAAACUCCCAAGUCCCAAGCAAACGAUUGAAGGUACAAUCGUCCUGAUUUCCAUCAUCUGCAUGGCUCUCAAACAAUACUCAUGUUGCAGACCGUACAAGAAUGUCUACCCACCCAGAGCAAAAUGAAGGCUCUUUAUACAUCUUGACCUUCUUUGAUCCUGCUUCUGCAUAAUGGGCAUUCUUCUCACACGAACCAUCAAGCUACCUUAUUUUAAUUCUGACUUUUCAUUUAAUGGCUCCUUGAAGAUGCUAUUGUCUUGCCUUGGCAUUGCUGUUGUCUUUGUCACUUGACCAUUGUACAUGGUGUUGAGGGGAGGAAGAAGGUGCAGUAUGAGUUGUUCCUACCUAAGUAGGACCCGAAUUUUAAGGACUCUACCCAAUGAGCACCUAGUUUGGGAGUUGGAGGUUUGCAACUUCGCAUGGGACCUCUAUUUGAAAAUUGCAGCCUUGUCUCUGGAAAAGGUCAGACAAUGUUCUAUGCUACAUUCUGAGUAUUAAGUUGUGAACGACUAUCUAAUUUCAAUUCGGUGUGGGGCCAGCUUUAUGUAAAAUUUUUAGUGUUAGAAAAUUCUCAAGAAUCUCAUGUUACCUCUUAGGUUUUGGCUACAUAAAUCUUGGGCCUGGACUGACUAUCAUAGGAGAAGCGGAAGAAACUGUUUCUCCUCCCAACCCUACCUGGCUGCUCGCACAUGUAGCCAAUAGGAAUGUUGCCUUUACACUCUUGGCUACAAAUUCUGGUGGCAGAGGAAAGAAAUACUCGUAACUUGGUUUCGGAAAUGCAAGAUGAUACUUUUCAAUGUUGGUAUUCUAUUGUGGGAGCAUUAUUACAAAUGAUAAAAAUCUUCAAUUUACAAAAUUUGAGGCAUUCUCUUUUGUUUGAUAUGGUCAUUGCUGACUAUAAUACUAUAAGGCAGUAUUGUACAAUAUCUUUGCAACUUCUGAAUAUUUUGAUUGCUCCUUGAAAAGGAAAGAUUCUUUUGGUACUUCAUGAAAAAUCUCAAAGGUUUGAAGAAAUAUAUCAGCAAACUUUUUUUUUUUUGUCAAGAAAAGGACAGUUAAUAUAUUAAUCAACAAGUUACCCAUCGUUGUUAUAGAAAGAUAGGAAAGCAACCCUAUCUUUCUUGUUUCUUUAUUUGUCUAUUUUUGUUUAAUAUUUUCAAAUUAUUUGGUUCUUUACACCUCCAACCCAUCCCUCAAAGAAAAAGAUUUUGAAAAAUAAGGAAUUUAUGAAAAAGAAAGGUUACUACUCUUUUUCACAUAUGAAAUAAUAUGGCUAGUAGAAUUUGAAACUUUCUACCAUUCACAAGUAUCCUCAUCUUAAGUUGUAGAGACAUAGUUUUUAGAUGUUAUGGAGGAGCGUUUGAAAUUCUUUGUAUGAGAGUGGAUAUAUGCCACAUAUAACACAAUUUCUGCAAGAUGGAGCCAAAUUCUGAUCCUCAGUUUGAAACAACAUCAGCUGAGAAAGUUGCAGGAAAUGAGGAUUUAGCAACAGAGAUUUUCAUUCAAUUAUCUGCAGCUUCUCUUGCUCCGUGUCUACGGGUAUCAAAGUUGUGGCUUUUGUUCAUCUCGAAUCAAACAUUUGUUUUGAGGCACACCCUCCUUUAUCCCCCGUUCUUUUCUGGCCUGUUUUUGAUCCCUAGACAAAACAUUCAGUGUUCCGAUGUUCAUUAUCUCUCACUGAACCAGGGAAAACCUGAUAAAUUUCCAUUUGUUACCUUUCUCAAUUCCAGAGGUUUCCAAAUCCUGCACUCUUGCAGUGGACUAUUACUAUGUCAAUUGGGGCUUUUAAAUUAUGUGUGCAAUCCCUCAACAUGUCAGUUAAGAGUCCUUCCUAGCUGCUCAUACAUGGAAAAUAAAUUCGCACUUAAUUUGUGUUUUGAUCCUCUCGCUUCACCUGAUUACAAGGUAGUUUGUGUGCAAAAGCUAGACAGUCAGCAGCCACUUCACCAAAUUGCUAUUUAUUCAUCCCAAACUCAGCGAUGGAAUCUCUCUCAGGAGCCUGUUUUUGCACCUAAUGAUGUAGCCUUCAAGGACGGCGUCUUCUGCAAUGGUGCAAUUCAUUGGUUGACAAGCACAUCAGGUGGAGUUUAUUAUGACUUGAAGACAGGGAUACUAAGAGAAAUGCCUCAGCCUCCAAGGCAAGAGGAGGAGUCACAAUACAAAUUUAAGUACUUUGGAAAAUCCCAAGGGUACUUGCUUUAUGUUAUUUCGCGCCCUCUACUAAACCAUUAUGAAGUAUUCAAAAUGAAGGAAGAUUAUUCUGGAUGGGACUUGAAGUUUCGAGUCAAUCUCAAUGUGCUAGUUGCUAAAAUUCCAACUAUGGCUAGGCACUUUGGAUUCCAUCCUUUGUUCUCAGAGUGUGAGUGUGACGUUCUGUGCAUUAAUCAUGCAGGGAGUGAUGAAGAUAUGGAAAUUGUGUUUUCAGUACCAGGUGAAGUUGUAUUUUUCAAUCUCAAGAAGAAAACUUUAACAAAAGUCCAAGAUCCAGUUUUCCGUCCAUGUGAUGUAACCAUAUGGUACAAAACCUAUUCAGUGUAUGAACAUUACGAGACGUUAUCUCUUGUUUGAUGGAGACAAUGUCAAUAAUUUGUGAGAUAGUAUCCUUUCUGUUUUUGUAUUGUCUUAUUUUUGGAAUAGUCCAAUCUAAACUGGGUAUGUGUUUCUGAUUUUGAUUAUUCGUAAUGCAUGGUAUAAUUGUUAGUGUUGAUAGAGUGAUGUAUGAUCGAGAUGUACUGGAUAAAAUAAAUAUGAGCUGGAAUAUUUGAUGUCCUUCCUUGGAUAAAGUUAUCUCUGUAUGCCAGCUCUCAAAUUUUGAUGCAGUUGCUGAACAAGAUCAUAGAACAUUUGUGGAGGAACAACGGUGAGCAAUAACGAUGGUUUCAGACAGCUAAUGUUUCCGACAGGAGUGACAACUUUCUAGUUGAUAUUGCUGCUUCCAGAAUGCAACUGAAAUCUUAAGUCACUUUGCUUAAAGUUUUUCAUCAUCUGGUACACAUAUCAUUGAGGUGCAUAUGGAGUUCACUUUAGGAUCUGAAGUAUAAUAUACGAGGAGAGGAUGUAUGCUCGUUAGUUGCCUGGUCUUCAUGUUGACUUUUAUAUAUGUUGCUCUUUCAAAAAAUUGGUAGUGGAGAUAUUUUAUCCAUUAGAGUUGAGGAAACGAUUACGAGGGGCAAUGGAAUUAGGGAUAUCUGGCAAUCCAUUGACCUUCAAUGAUGAUGAUGAUGAUUACUUGUCAGCUGAAAGCAAUGGUGAUGUCGAAGACGUAACAUUUGAGAUCAUUGAUGAGGAUGAAGAGUUAGCAGCAGGGUUCUACUUCUCUUUACCUGAUAUGUGGCUUUCAGAUUUUGAUCAUCAGCUGACUGAACCCCUGUGUCCUCCCAUGUCCGAUCAAGAUUUUCUUAGGUACUACUCCUUUAAUCCUCCCUCGGUAUCUGGCCUUAUAUUGAUUCCUAAAUUUACUCCACAAAGACCUCAACUUGAGUAUGUCUCACUCAUACAAACUCAAACCAAGGCUGCAGAUUUUUCAUUUUUCGACAGCCUAAAUCUUCAAAUCUUACAAUCUUGCAAUGGUUUAUUCCUUUGUUUUUCUCAGCCCUCCCAAUUAUAUCAUAUCUGUAACCGGGAAACUCAACACCCGGAAGUACUUCCUACUUCUUCGUUCACAACAAACCAUUUUGCACUUAAUUUAGCUUUUGACCCUUACACUUCACCUUAUUACAAGGUCAUUUGUGUGCAAAAGCUAGAACCGCAAAUGCCUCUUCAUCAGAUAUCUAUCUACUCCUCUGAAACUCGAACUUGGACCUUCCCUGAUAAGCCUUUUGUUGCACCGGGUGACAUAGAUUUUAGUGACGGGGUUUUUUGCAAUGGCGCGAUUCAUUGGAUGAGACGUACAACAAAAGGUCUAUACUUCAAUGUGGAGGAUGAGGUCCUAAGAGAAAUGCCUAAGCCUCCACUGAAAGAAGGGUAUUCCUUGGUUAGUUGCGAGUACUUUGGGGAGUGUCAAGGCCAUCUUUACUAUGUAGUUGCAUCACCGGAGUUGCCUUUUCUGGAGCUCUUUGAGAUGAAGGAAGAUUAUAGUGGGUGGUUUUUGAGGAGUGUGAUUGAUUUGAAGGCUUUAGCAAUCGAUUUUCCGAUUAUGGGUCGUAGAUCUAACAGCCCCCAUCCUUUCUUCCCGCGCUAUGAAUGUGAUGUGUUAUCUAUUGUUCAAGGUCAUGAUGAUGAAGAUUUAGAAGUCAUUCUCUCAGCCCCUGGUGAAGUUAUUGCUUACAAUCAUGAGAAGAGAUCUUGUAGGAAGUUAUGCGACUUAAUACUAAGGCCGGAUGUUCGAGGAGUGUGGUAUAGGGUUUAUUCUUCCUAUCAAGUACUUUGAAGAAUUGAAGUUGAUCUCCACCCUUUAUUUACCAAGCUUCAUAUAUGUAGCCCAGAAAAGAAGAAAGGAAUUGAAGCACAGAUAAAUCAAUUAAACUCUGUGUGCUUUUAUAUGUGUAUUUUCAUUAAUUAGUUUCUUCAAUAAACUUUGGAUGUGAGAUCAUGUCGCAUUAGUUAUGCCUUGUUUUGAUCCUUUCUUGAACAAUGAUCAUAUUAUGGCUGGUAACUUUUUAUUAAUGCAUUUCCCUUUAAAAAAUCUUUAAAGAACGUCAUAUCAUCAUCUGUGCUAAUGUCAAGUGUAGUUGCUAAUAAAUCUGAAUAUAUUUGAGUAUCGA